GCGACUUCAGCAUCUGACGAGAUCUCAGCAAUCUAAUGAAUAUAUAAUGACUUUAGAUGUCAAAUGUUUUCUUAUUUAUUUGCAUAUAUAAAUUUAUAACAGAGGGCGCUUUUAGAGUUUUAAAGACUUUGAGUUCAAACAUGCAGAGCGGCGAAAUAAAACAACGAAAAAAGACUUCAGAUGCCCAAGAAAACGGAAAGAAGAGAAAAUCAGAAGAUAAAGUUAAAGAUGAAGUCAAAAGAGAAGCAGAAGAGAAAGAAAACACGAUUAAAAGUUCAGAAAAGAGUUCAGAUGUGAAGCUCGUCAUGAGUUUGAUGUCUCUCGCGGUCUCUUUAGUGUUAAUGUGUGCUCUCUAUCAACAGAAUGUAAAGUUUGCAGAAAUGAAAGAACAAUACGAGGAAUUAUUUGAGAAGACACGAGGCGUCCUCGAGCUCCAGUCACAGAUGACCACAGUCUCAGAAAAGUGUGACCGUGUUCAGGCACUGAUGUCCGGUCUGGAGAGAUCACCGCCCGUUUCCCAGCUGAAGAGUUUGGAUGCGGAGGUCUCUCAUUUAAAGGAGAGAUUCUCAAACUUUACUGGACAGCGACAUCAACUCCAACAGAAUCUGACUCAUCUCAUCCUGGCCGUGGAGAACGUCGAGAACCGAAGUCUGGUCAUCUCCAGUGAAGUGAUGUCAAAGGUCGCCUCCGUCCGUACGGACCUGAGGCGCAUGGGCGGUCUGGAGGGUGAAGUGGAAGCUCUCGUCAGCCAGACCGACACCCUGGAGGAAAAGGUCACGCAGAUUGAAAAGCUGAUGAUCAAACGCAUCGGUGAUCUUCUGGCCAGCAGUAUUGACCGUAUUUCUGGUCUGAAGAGCUCCACGGAGAGUAGCGCUCAGCGGCUGGAUCAGAUCGGCAAACUCGUUCAAGGGCUCUCCGCGGCCGACAGACAGCUCUCUGAUCGGAUCCUGACGCUGGAGAGCGCUCAAGCCAAGAUGUUGAAGAUGACCACCUUCGCUACUGACCUGAAGCCCAAAGUCUUUACGAUCAGACAGGACUUUACCAUAAUUGAAUCCAAACUAUCGGAGCUGACGCUGAGGAUCGGACAGAUCGCUGAAGAUGUCAUGAGAGGAGAAGAAGAGCUGGCAGAGAUGAAGAAGAGUUCAGGGGAGAUAAAAUAUCAAACACUGGAGCAGAAAGAUCUCCUGACAACAUGAACUCAAUCUCUAUCAGCAUUCAAGAUGUGCAUUUACUGCUGGAAGUCUUUUUGUAGACAGGUGAAGAUGAACUUUCACUAAGACUUUACAAUAAGAGAGUAUUUGUUAACAUGAGUAAAUGCAUUAGUUAAAAUAAACUAGCAAUGAUUCCUAUAGUUGAUCAGAAUGUAUUCAUCUUUGUUAAUGUAAGUUAAUGCCAGUACACUUUUUCAUGUUAUUUUUUUACCAUGAAUUAACUUAGCUUUAUCUUUUGAUUUUAUAAAUGUUUUAGUAAAUGCUGAAAUUAACAUAAGCUUAACUACUGAAGUAUUGUUCUGUGUUAGUUCAGUUAGCUGAUGCAUUAACUAAUAUUAACAAAUACAGUUUUAUUAAACUUUUAAAGCAAGAUUUAUAUAAGAACAUUAAUAUGCCCUGGACCAUCAUACCAUGCUAUUAGAUUAGAUUAUUUUAGUUUACAUGGUACUUAAUAGAUUAGCAUGACAUCCAUGAACAGAACACCUUAGUAUUACCAUGGUAUUGUUUUAAAGUAUAAUGUGAUAUUGAAUACCUAAAACAGUAUUUAAUUUGAGAUAUGAAUGAAGAUUCGGCACAUAAGUGCGGCACAGAACAGCCAAAUCUUUCCAGAAGAGGAAAUGGUCUGAUCUGAUCUGAUCUGUAAUGAUGUCUAACCUCACCCAUUCAAUGUCAACAAAAUCAAAUCAUUAGACACAUCAGUGUAGUACACAAACUACACAACAGAUCCUCAUGUAAAUAAAACAUGACUGCAGUCAUCUCAAUACAAACACAUUCAUCAAAGAAUCAACAAUGAGUCACAGUAAAUGUGUUUACAUUACACUACUAGACGUUUGUCUAAAAAUCUUUAAUGUAUAAAGAGAAAUUCAGAUGUAACAAAUGGAUUAUUUUGAGAGACAGAACAAUAAACAACAUAAGUUUUUAAUCGGGGGUCCUCCAAAUGUUGUUUGAAUACGAAAACUUUUGAGGGAUAAAUUAAAUUAAAAAUACUUAUCCCUAAUAAUAAAAAGCUAAAAUGAAGAGCAUAACAUUCCCAUGAUAAAAUCAAUUCAGCUAAAUUAAAAUGUUGCCAAAAGUAUUUUUUCUACAUCUUUGUAACGUAACCAUCAUAAUAAAGUAAGAUAUAGUUAUGUUAUGUGUGUCACGAACACUCCACCCAGAGUUUUAAAUAAUUACUGUAAUUAAUUAUAUUUCAUUUGUCUUCUUUAGUUCCUUAUUGGCUGUGCUGGGACACGAGGCUAUGAAGGUAAAGGAGGCGGAUCUAUUGAGUCUCUGCUAGCCGCGGGCCAUUGGCACAGCCGCGGGCCAUUGGCACAGCCACAUGCGUUCAUCUUUCAGUUUUUGUUUGUCAUGUUAGUUUGGAGCGGGGAGUCCUUGUUUGCCUAUUUAGUUUUUGUUCUCGUUUAGGUCUUAUGUUUUAGGUCUCAUUCUUUCGUUUGUUAUUAUUGUGAGUAUGGUUAAAUAAAUUAUUUAUUUGGAAUACCCUUGUUGUCCUUCUAUUAUGUUGCGUGUCCCUCAAUUCCUAGCAAGUAAUGUGCGGGACCAUAAAUGGGGGCUCGUCUGGAAUAAAUACUAAGAAAUCCAUUCUUGAUUUAUAUACAUGUACUGAGGGAUAUUUGGCUCCCCUUGUGAUGUCAAAAGGGGAUCUUAUUAUAAUAAUACCGCCCCUUAAUCUGCACUAUCCAACCAUGGCACUGCCAUUUAGCUCAGGGACGAGAGAGGAAAAUAAUUGACAGCACAAAUGAGUUUGAAUUUCAACAGGCAGUGUUUG